AUCAAACUUAAUACAUCUCCAACACAAACAAGGACUCUGCAACAUACACAAACAAAUCCCAAUUAAAUUAUUAAACAUCUGUUUUCUGAUUUGAUUUAUUUGUUUAUUCUUCUUGUCCACUAGCUAAUAAUUUCAUUAAUUGGUGGUGGGAAUAUUCAAGAGCUGAGCUGGGUUGCUGCUGUUUGUGCUCUGUGCUGUGCUGUGCUGAGCUUGGAGGCCAUUUGUUAAGAAAUUCUUUUAAUUUUAUAUUUAGCAAAUUCUUUAAGUUUAUUUCUUUAACCUAGACGGCCUUGGUUCACUUGGUUAGUUUUCUCUCCUCCGAAAACCCCAUCAGUUCUCUCAGAUACUCUUCUUCUUUAUUUCUCAAAGAAAACAGAGCAUCUCUGUUUAUUGGCUUUUCAUCCCUUCGAGCGAUAUUCUAAUCUAAUCAGAGUUGGAGAUUGGUAAUCUGAAGUCGAGAUAAAGUUGGGUUUAGAGGAUGAUGGAACAUGUCACAGGAGGCUGAGCAGGGAGGGAAGUGACGUGCAGGGUCAGGAGAGGAGGAAAAGGCCAGGUGUCCAACAGCCACCGCUCUGUUCGUAAAACUGCUCAACUCCGUUUUCUCCUUGUCUUCUUCUCCAUUACCACCUUUGUUUCCGAAACUGCUUACCUCUGUUUUCUCCUUGUCGGCUUCUCCUUUAGUACUUUUUCUCUCACCGAAUAGGAUUUUGUUUUUUUUUUUUUUAUAAAUAAUCUGCGUUUCGUUUUCGUGGAAAUUAUAGAAAAAGAGUGAAAAUAUCAUCUGCAAAGACUCAAAGUCUCGAACUUUUGACGGCGUCGUUGCAUUCGGAGACAAACACAACAGAACAAACACACCAUCAAUCUGGUAAAACCUCGACCUUUUGUUCUUGUCUUGUGGGCCUGCCCAUGUUUUUCCUUUGUGUUUGAUUUUUGUGUUGUUUUAUGCAAUGGGGUCACUUUGUUGCUAGGAUUGCUGAAUUGGGUGGUCGAGAACUGGUUCGAUUCGUUGAUAUUUGAUCUGGGUUUUUGUUUUUUUUUUUUAUUCGAUUGGUUGGAUUUUGGUGAGAUUUUGUGAAGAGGGUUCCAAUUGGUUUAGAUUUUUGAGUGGAAAAAUGAGUGGAGCUGUUCUUGUUGCUGUUGCUGCUGCAAUUGGUAACUUGUUGCAAGGAUGGGACAACGCCACUAUCGCAGCUUCUGUUUUGUACAUAAAGAGGGAAUUCAACUUGGAAAGUGAACCCGCCGUGGAAGGGCUGAUUGUGGCCAUGUCGCUUAUAGGCGCAACUGUGGUUACAUUUUGUUCUGGAGCCGUAGCAGACUGGCUAGGCCGCCGUCCUAUGCUUAUAAUCUCUUCUGUCCUUUACUUUCUUAGUGGUAUUGUAAUGCUGUGGUCUCCCAAUGUUUAUAUCCUUCUCUUGGCGCGGCUUUUAGAUGGAUUUGGGAUUGGUUUGGCGGUUACCUUGGUACCACUUUAUAUAUCUGAGACAGCCCCGCCUGAGAUAAGGGGAUCGUUGAAUACCCUUCCGCAGUUUACUGGCUCCGGUGGGAUGUUCUUGUCAUAUUGCAUGGUUUUUGGGAUGUCGUUGACAGAGUCGCCAAGUUGGAGGUUGAUGCUUGGUGUUCUCUCUAUUCCUUCUCUUGUUUAUUUUGUAUUGACUGUGUUCUUCUUGCCUGAGUCUCCACGAUGGCUUGUGAGUAAGGGACGGAUGCUUGAGGCCAAACAAGUUCUACAGAGGCUGCGUGGAAGAGAAGAUGUUGCUGGUGAAAUGGCUUUACUUGUUGAGGGUCUUGGAGUUGGGGGUGAAACGUCUUUUGAGGAGUACAUAAUUGGCCCAGAGGAUGACCUCGCUGAUGACCACGAUUUAUCCGCUGAAAAGGAUAAAAUCAGAUUAUAUGGGCCUGAACAAGGACAAUCCUGGGUUGCCAGACCUGUAACUGGGCAAAGCACUCUUGGACUUGUGUCUCGACAUGCAAGCAUGGUAAAUCAAAGCGGUAUUGUUGAUCCUCUUGUCUCUCUCUUUGGCAGUGUACAUGAGAAGCUCCCCGAUACAGGAAGUAAGGGAAGUAUGCUUUUUCCGCACUUUGGCAGCAUGUUUAGUGUGGGAGGGAAUCAGCCUAGACACGAAGAGUGGGACGAGGAAAGCCUUGCCAGAGAAGGAGAGGGUUAUGCAUCUGAUGCAGCUGGUGGUGAUUCUGAUGGCAAUUUGCAGAGUCCAUUGAUCUCGCGUCAGGCAACAAGCCUUGAAAAAGACAUUGGCCCACCUCCACAUGGAAGCCUUGCUAGCAUAAGAAACAGCAGUCUCAUUGGUGGAGAGGGAGCUAGUAGCACGGGGAUUGGUGGCGGUUGGCAGCUGGCGUGGAAAUGGUGUGAGAGAGAAGGCCAAGAUGGACACAAGGAAGGAGGGUUUAAAAGAAUUUAUUUACACCAGGAGGGUGAUGCUGCAUCUCGUCGUGGAUCUAUUGUUUCGAUUCCUGGUGGUGAUGCACUGAACGAUGGUCAGUUCUUCCAGGCUGCUGCUUUGGUGAGUGAACCGGCUCUUUAUUCACGUGAGCUUAUGAAUCAGCAUCCGGUUGGACCGGCAAUGGUUAACCCAGCUGCAACUCCUGCAAAAGGACCAAGUUGGAGUGACCUUUUCGAACCCGGAGUCAAGCAUGCUUUGGUUGUUGGGGUGGGAAUUCAGAUACUUCAGCAGUUUUCUGGCAUAAACGGGGUUCUCUACUACACGCCUCAAAUUCUUGAGCAGGCGGGCGUUGGGGUUCUUCUUUCGAACUUGGGCAUUAGUUCAGCUUCUGCAUCUCUGCUUAUCAGUGCAGUAACAACCUUGCUGAUGCUUCCUAGCAUAGCCAUUGCCAUGAGGCUCAUGGAUUUAGCCGGCAGAAGGAGUUUGCUGCUCGGCACAAUCCCUGUCCUGAUAGUGUCUCUGGUCAUCCUAGUCCUCGGAAGUCUUGUGAAUAUGGGAAGUGUUGUAAAUGCAUCAGUUUCAACUGUCAGCGUUGUGCUCUACUUCUGUUUCUUUGUUAUGGGGUUUGGUCCGAUCCCCAACAUACUCUGUGCAGAAAUCUUUCCCACCAGAGUUCGAGGCCUCUGCAUUGCCAUCUGCGCCCUCACAUUCUGGAUUGGUGAUAUCAUUGUCACCUACUCACUUCCGGUGAUGCUCAAAUCUGUUGGCCUUGCUGGUGUUUUUGGCAUGUACGCAGUUGUGUGCGUCAUAGCAUUUAUCUUUGUUUUCUUGAAAGUUCCCGAGACCAAAGGCAUGCCCCUUGAAGUGAUUACCGAGUUUUUCUCUGUUGGUGCAAAGCAGGCUGCAGCUGCCAAGAACAAUUAACUUGAUCCAUAGUGGGUUAAAAGUUUUGAAAGCUGUUUAAUCUUCCUAGUUUUGCAUCGAAUCUACAUUUUCUUUACUUGUUUUGGAAUUGGUACGAUUGAUCCUUACGGAAGGGGUUAUUGUAUAAUUAUCCCCCAUUUGUUAUACCUGAUUAAAAUGACUAGAGUUCAAUGUCCAA